CAUCUCCGGGAUGCGCCCGCCGCCUGCAACUCGGCCCUCCAAAAGUCAGCUCUGCACACAACUCCCGGGCGGCGGCGGCGCCUGCGUGCAGAGGCGCACUCGUGACCCAACAACAAAACAGCGAUGCCACGGCGCUAACGGCGCCCGGUGCCUCCCGGGCUCCCUCCCCGCCCCACACCUCCUCGGGCCGCCGCCCCCACCCCCCCAAGCCCGGGCCGAGAGCCCCCCCAACUAGCCCGGCCGCGGGCUCCGAGCGCGAUCGGCAACAAUGUUUACGUUCCGGGGAUUAUGACGUCGACGCCUCCCCCCCCCACAACUGCUGAAAAUGGUUUCCUAGGACUUUGCAAACGGAUCUGCCUAAGUGUUGGUGCAAAACUUUGUAGAUCUCGGCUCUGGCUUGCUUUAUUUAUUUAUUUUUUGGUUUGUUUUCUUUGGUCUUCCCUCCUUCCCCCCUCGGCCAAAAUGCAGGGGGCAGGAGUGUUGACAAUUAAUUGGUGAACUCUCCUAAAAAAAUGGAGGCAGAGAAAGACUCUGGAAGAAGAUUGCGCCCGAUUGACCGCCAGCGAUACGACGAGAACGAGGACUUGUCGGACGUGGAGGAGAUCGUCAGCGUCCGCGGCUUCAGCCUGGAGGAGAAGCUUCGCAGCCAGCUGUACCAGGGGGACUUCGUGCACGCCAUGGAGGGCAAAGAUUUCAACUAUGAGUACGUACAGAGAGAAGCUCUCAGGGUUCCCCUGAUAUUUCGAGAAAAGGAUGGACUGGGAAUUAAGAUGCCUGACCCUGAUUUCACAGUCCGAGACGUCAAACUCCUAGUGGGGAGCCGGCGGCUUGUGGACGUGAUGGAUGUGAACACCCAGAAGGGCACGGAGAUGAGCAUGUCCCAGUUUGUGCGUUACUACGAGACGCCCGAGGCCCAGCGGGACAAGCUGUACAACGUCAUCAGCCUAGAGUUCAGCCACACCAAGCUGGAGCACUUGGUCAAGCGUCCGACUGUGGUAGACCUGGUGGACUGGGUGGACAACAUGUGGCCCCAGCAUCUGAAGGAGAAGCAGACAGAAGCCACGAACGCCAUUGCAGAGAUGAAGUACCCGAAAGUGAAGAAGUACUGUCUGAUGAGCGUGAAAGGUUGUUUCACUGACUUCCACAUCGACUUUGGAGGCACUUCCGUUUGGUACCAUGUUUUCCGGGGUGGGAAGAUUUUUUGGCUGAUUCCUCCAACGCUGCACAAUUUGGCGCUGUACGAGGAGUGGGUGCUGUCAGGCAAACAGAGUGACAUCUUUCUGGGAGACCGUGUGGAACGAUGCCAAAGAAUUGAGCUGAAGCAGGGCUACACAUUUUUCAUCCCUUCCGGUUGGAUCCAUGCCGUCUACACCCCUGUAGACUCUUUGGUGUUCGGCGGAAACAUCCUGCACAGCUUUAACGUGCCCAUGCAGCUGCGGAUCUACGAGAUCGAGGACAGGACGCGGGUGCAGCCCAAAUUCCGUUACCCCUUCUACUAUGAGAUGUGCUGGUAUGUCCUGGAGAGAUACGUGUACUGUGUGACCCAGCGCUCCCACCUCACUCAGGAAUACCAGAGGGAGUCGAUGCUUAUUGAUGCCCCGAGGAAGCCCAGCAUAGACGGCUUCUCUUCCGAUUCCUGGCUGGAGAUGGAGGAGGAGGCCUGUGAUCAGCAGCCUCAGGAGGAGGAGGAGAAGGACGAGGAGGGCGAGGGCAGGGACAGGGCACCCAAACCGCCCACCGAUGGCUCCACUUCACCCACCAGCACGCCCUCUGAGGACCAGGAGGCCCUUGGGAAGAAGCCCAAAGCACCUGCCCUGCGAUUCCUCAAAAGGACUUUGUCUAACGAGUCGGAGGAAAGUGUGAAGUCCACCACAUUGCCUGUAGACUACCCCAAGACCCCCACCGGCUCUCCCGCCACGGAGGUCUCUGCCAAAUGGACCCAUCUCACCGAGUUUGAACUGAAGGGCCUGAAAGCUCUGGUGGAGAAACUGGAAUCCCUCCCGGAGAACAAGAAGUGUGUCCCCGAAGGCAUCGAGGACCCCCAGGCACUCCUGGAGGGUGUGAAGAACGUCCUGAAGGAGCACGCGGAUGAUGACCCUAGUCUGGCCAUCACUGGGGUCCCUGUGGUGACUUGGCCAAAGAAGACUCCAAAGAACCGGGCUGUGGGUCGGCCCAAGGGGAAGCUGGGCCCGGCCUCCGCGGUGAAGUUGGCCGCCAACCGGACAACGGCAGGAGCUCGGCGGCGCCGGACGCGAUGCCGCAAGUGCGAGGCCUGCCUGCGGACCGAGUGCGGAGAGUGCCACUUCUGCAAGGACAUGAAGAAGUUCGGGGGCCCCGGGCGCAUGAAGCAGAGCUGCAUCAUGCGGCAGUGCAUCGCGCCAGUGCUGCCCCACACCGCCGUGUGCCUUGUGUGUGGCGAGGCGGGGAAGGAAGACACGGUGGAAGAGGAGGAAGGCAAGUUUAACCUCAUGCUCAUGGAGUGCUCCAUCUGCAAUGAAAUCAUCCACCCUGGAUGCCUUAAGAUUAAGGAGUCAGAGGGUGUGGUCAACGACGAGCUUCCAAACUGCUGGGAGUGUCCGAAGUGUAACCACGCCGGCAAGACCGGGAAACAAAAGCGUGGCCCUGGCUUUAAGUACGCCUCCAACCUGCCCGGCUCCCUGCUCAAGGAGCAGAAGAUGAACCGGGACAACAAGGAAGGGCAGGAACCUGCCAAGCGGAGGAGUGAGUGUGAGGAGGCGCCCCGGCGCAGGUCGGAUGAGCACCCGAAGAAGGUGCCGCCGGACGGCCUCCUGCGCAGAAAGUCUGACGACGUGCACCUGAGGAAGAAGCGGAAAUACGAGAAGCCCCAGGAGCUGAGUGGACGCAAGCGGGCCUCAUCGCUUCAAACGUCCCCCGGUUCCUCCUCUCACCUCUCGCCGAGGCCCCCUCUAGGCAGCAGCCUCAGCCCCUGGUGGAGAUCCAGUCUCACUUACUUCCAGCAGCAGCUCAAACCUGGCAAAGAAGAUAAGCUUUUCAGGAAAAAGCGGCGGUCCUGGAAGAACGCCGAGGACCGCAUGGCGCUGGCCAACAAGCCCCUCCGGCGCUUCAAGCAGGAACCCGAGGACGAACUGCCCGAGGCGCCCCCCAAGACCAGGGAGAGCGACCACUCCCGCUCCAGCUCCCCCACCGCGGGACCCAGCACCGAAGGGGCCGAGGGCCCGGAGGAGAAGAAGAAGGUGAAGAUGCGCCGGAAGCGGCGGCUUCCCAACAAGGAGCUGAGCAGGGAGCUGAGCAAGGAGCUCAACCACGAGAUCCAGAGGACGGAGAACAGCCUGGCCAACGAGAACCAGCAGCCCAUCAAGUCGGAGCCUGAGAGCGAGGGCGAGGAGCCCAAGCGGCCCCCGGGCAUCUGCGAGCGUCCCCACCGCUUCAGCAAGGGGCUCAACGGCACCCCCCGGGAGCUGCGGCACCAGCUGGGGCCCAGCCUGCGCAGCCCGCCCCGUGUCAUCUCCCGGCCCCCACCCUCCGUGUCCCCGCCCAAGUGUAUCCAGAUGGAGCGCCAUGUGAUCCGGCCACCCCCCAUCAGCCCCCCGCCUGACUCGCUACCCCUGGACGAUGGGGCAGCCCACGUCAUGCACAGGGAGGUGUGGAUGGCCGUCUUCAGCUACCUCAGCCACCAAGACCUGUGUGUGUGCAUGCGGGUCUGCAGGACCUGGAACCGCUGGUGCUGCGAUAAGCGGUUGUGGACCCGCAUUGACCUGAACCACUGCAAGUCUAUCACACCCCUGAUGCUGAGUGGCAUCAUCCGGCGACAGCCCGUCUCCCUCGACCUCAGCUGGACCAAUAUCUCCAAGAAGCAGCUGAGCUGGCUCAUCAACCGGCUGCCUGGGCUCCGGGACUUGGUGCUGUCAGGCUGCUCAUGGAUCGCGGUCUCGGCCCUUUGCAGCUCCAGUUGUCCGCUGCUCCGGACCCUGGAUGUCCAGUGGGUGGAGGGACUAAAGGAUGCCCAGAUGCGGGAUCUCCUGUCCCCGCCCACGGACAACAGGCCAGGUCAAAUGGACAAUCGGAGCAAGCUCCGGAACAUCGUGGAGCUGCGCCUGGCAGGCCUGGACAUCACAGAUGCCUCCCUGCGGCUCAUCAUCCGCCACAUGCCCCUGCUCUCCAAGCUCCACCUCAGUUACUGUAACCACGUCACCGACCAGUCCAUCAACCUGCUCACCGCUGUUGGCACCACCACCCGAGACUCCUUAACCGAGAUCAACCUGUCUGGCUGGCGGGCGGGCAGGCGGGCCCCACGCGCCAGCAGGAAACAUCUGUCAGCCUGCCUGUGGAGGGUCCGAGAAACCAGGCUGCAGUGACCUCUAACGCACAGAGGGACCAAAGGAAAGUCUUUUCCUUCUAGCUUCUUUGUUGGAAGGGUCUUUGGGCUCCAGUUUUGGGGAAUAUGUGAACCACAAGCCAGGAAGAAUGCUGGCUGGGCAUGAAUGAGCCUCCAAAGAGGGCCCAAAUUAGUACCCAAAGACAACUCAGAAAAGGAGCCAGCUGGGCCUCCAGGUCUCACUUCACACCAAGUGCUGCCUUACCACCGACAGGUAACUGCCAGGAUGCACUUGAGGCCCCCUCAGCCGUCUGACAGCUACAGACCACAGCAGUGUGCCAACCAGAUGGCAGAGUUCUCUGGCAUGGGAGCUGCCUGCUCUGGUGCUUGAAGGUGUCAAGGGAGAGGCAGGACUUGGGUCAGUCUCUUCUAGCCAGGAACUAGGCAAACAUUACAGGGGAAAAAUAUCCCUGAGCUGGUGAUGGAGUGGGGACAGCAUAGCUGCAUCUGAGUAAGGAAUGAGACGCAUUCUUGGGAUGAGCUAGACAGUGCUCUGGAAGGCAGAUAGGGAGCUGGGAACAGGGUCAAGAUGGAAGAUUCUGAGGGUGAUUUCUUGCUGAAAAUGUCUAGCCUGAAUCUAAGCAAGCCUCUGGGAUAUCUGCAGUUUAUAGGAAAAGCAGGAGAGAUGGAACAAGCUAAAUGACACCUUUAAGAUGACAAGUGUGAAUGUGGGACAUCCUCUAAGAAAACCGUCCUGGUCAGACAGGCGCAACACCUAUAUCCCAGUGGUCUGGGAGGCUGGGUGGGGAAGAUCACUUGAGACUAGGAGUUCAAAUCUAACUGGUCAACAUGUCAUAGUAAAUAAUGAAAAAUGAAAAGUAUAUGAAAAUAAGCUUGUAUUAGUAAAAUCCCUAUUCUUUAUACUUAAAAUGAAUCAAGUAUUGAGUUUUGGGGAUCAUGAGUUUCCCGAAGGAAUUGUAUGAUAACAUUCUACAACUUCCUUCAUCAUUGGAUUUUGCAGUAAGAUUAUAAAGAGGGUCAGCCAUUUGAGGGGGAACUACUUGAGGGAUUAAUUAGAAGAUUAAGGGAUACCCUUUGAAAAACUGAGUUAUUGCCGGGCACGGUGGCUCACACCUAUAAUCCCAGCACUUUGGGAGGCUGAGCUGGAUGGAUCACCUGAGUUCACGAGUUCAAGACCAGCCUGGCCAACAUGGUGAAACCCCAUCUCUACUAAAAAUAAAAAAAAUUAGCCGGGCGUGGUGGCCGGCGCCUGCAAUCCCAGCUACUUGGGAGGCUGAGGCAGAAUCGCUUGAACCUGGGAAGGGGAGGUUGCAGUAAGCCGAGGUCGUGCCACUGCAUUCCAGCCUGGGCAACAAGAGCAAAACUCCAUCUCCAAAAAAAAAAAAAAAAAAAAAAAAGAGAAAAAAAAACCCAUGAAAACCUGAGUUAUCUGUUGAAGCAUCUCUCGUUUUCCCAUCUUCAGUCUAAAAGCAGGGCCUUCACUUGUGAAUGCCUAUGUGUAUGUAGACAGCUUUCCAGCACCACUGCUCCAGGUUCACGAAUUGGUGAGCAUGUUUGAAGAUUCUGUGCUGAUGUGGAGGCCACUGUCUGAAAGGACUAGCUGUAUAAAGGAAGUCAGUUUGGUGGCGUAUGUGGUGCUCUGACUUUACUACUUUACACCACCUCCUCGCUUGCAGGGAUUUUGAUAACAUGUAGAUAUGCAUGAUUGCGGUUUGCCCUUCGUAUUUUUAUUCCCACUCAAUUUAAUAAAGAAAUGAAAGUGUUGAUACUAAGGAUGAUUAGCAAAGGUCACAAAUGUAAUACCAUUGAGGCCAAGCACAGUAGCUCAAGCCUGUAAUCCCAGCACUUUGGAAGGCUGAGGCGGGCUGAUCACAUGAGGUCAGGAGUUUGAGGCCAGCCUGGACAACAUGGUGGAACCCAGUUUCUACUUACUACAAAAAAAAAAAAAAAAGUCGGGCAUGGUGGCACACACCUAUAAUUCCAGCUACUCAGGAGGCUGAGGCAGGAGAAUCACUUAAACCUGGGAGGCGGAGGUCGCAGUGAGCCAAGAUUGUGCCAUUGUACUCCAGCCUGGGUGACAAAAGCGAGACUCUGUCUCAAAAAAAAAGCACAAAGGGUGUGUCUGCAGAUGAGGGUGUGAUGAAGUCUGAAUUCUGCUUUUGCUAGAAGGGCAUGUUGGUCUGGUGUCUAGGCUGCUGGCACACGGUCAGUCCUGGAGUUAGGGCCAAACAGCUGUCCCUCAUGCUGUGAAUUGCUCCAAAGCACUGCGGCCUGCAAAAGCAAAAAUGAUCCCAAGAUGCCCUUAGGGAUGUUCUUUCUGUGACCCAGCAAUGCCCCUCUGGGAAUUUAUCUGAAGGAAGGAGGCAAAUAAAUGCACAGUAAUAGACAUAGAGCAGUACUCAUCAACAACAUAUUAGAUGAGAAAAGCAAGCUACUUGACAUGGUGUGUGAACCUAUCAUCAUUGUAAAAGCACACAGAACUACUUACAUGAGCAUACGCACGUAUAGAGGCAGCUGUGUGGUAAAUUAGAAGUGAUUUUCACGUGGUUAUCUGAAUGCUUUUGAGGCAUAUAUUAACCUUUAUACCUGGCGGGUGAGACCCUUCCCCGUUUGAAGAAGAGAGAUUUUAAGCAAAUAACAUUUUAUUUAGUGCAGCACAGCAGGGACUGGAAUAUGUAGAGCUCUGACCUGUCCCCACUGCUGAGUGCCUGGGUCUGGCGGCGGGGGCGGC